AAGCAGCUGUUGUACUGGCAGGCAGCUGGUGUCACAUGUCGGAAAGUCCCUCGGCCGUGGAAAUCCCCGCAUCCACACUUUGUGUGUGUGUGUUUUGCUCCACAUAGUAAAACAGCGGAAAGAAAGAACCACACACAGACGGCAGGAGGCGGCGGCGAAAGAGCAAAAACAACAACUUUAGCAGCAGCAGCAGGAGGAGGGUGAGGGGCCAGCUAACAAAGGCGCCUCUUGACCAGCCACCAUCCUCGGACCAGGCCAGCAGAGAUCCCGAAGCAGAGAUUCAUGGCUCCAAGUCCGGCUCGUUUGUGCUGAGAAGGAUUUACUGGCGGAGUCAUUCGGGGGUCGCGGCCUCCCUCGCCGAGUUUCUUCUUGCAAAAUGGCUGGCUCGCAAAUCAUUCCUCAAGCUUUAUACUUGAGCAACAUGCUGAAAGCUGUGAAGAUAAGGGAGAGAAUGCCCGGAGACCUUGUCAAGUGCACCAAUGGAAUAAUCCAACAUUUUAAGACUAUGCAUAGAUACACCAUAGAGAUGUUCAGAAUGUGUCAAUUUUGCCUACAGUUCCAGGAGAUUCUUCAAAAGGCCCUUAUUGACCAAGCAACUCAAACCUCACUAGAACGUCAGAGGAAACUGAACUGGUGUCGAGAAGUUAAAAAACUUGUGCCCCUGAAGACAAACGGGGAUGGGAAUUGCCUGAUGCAUGCUGCAUCCCAGUACAUGUGGGGCGUCCAAGAUGUCGACCUAGUCCUGAGAAAAACGUUGUUUAGUGCACUCAGGGAAGUGGACACACGCAACUUUAAACUGCGUUGGCAACGAGAAACAUUGAAAUCACAGGAAUUUGUGGCAACAGGACUCUGCUACGACACCAGGAAUUGGGAGGACGAAUGGGAGAACCUCAUCAAAAUGGCAUCUACAGAAACAUCAAUCGCCCACAGAGGCCUUCAGUAUAACUCAUUGGAAGAAAUCCACAUAUUUGUCCUUGUUAACAUCCUACGGCGCCCAAUCAUAGUUGUCGCAGAUAAAAUGCUUAGAAGCUUGCAGUCAGGUUCAAGCUUCUCCCCUUUGAAUGUUGGCGGAAUUUACUUGCCUCUCCACUGGCCAGCAGAAGAGUGUUAUCGAUACCCCAUCAUCCUGGCCUAUGACAGUAUGCAUUUCACCCCUCUGGUUGUUUUGAAAGAGAGUGGCCCAGAGAUCCGGGCUGUCCCAUUGGUUAGCUGUGAAAGAGGCAGGUUUGAAGACUUGAAGGUGCACUUUCUAACAGAUUCAGAAGAAAGGGAGAAAGAAAAGCUGCUAAGAGAUUACCUGAUGGUGAUAGAAAUUCCUGUGCAAGGCUGGGAUUCUGGGACAACACAUCUCAUUAAUGCUGCAAAGUUGGAUGAAGGAAACUUGCCCAAAGAGAUUAACCUAGUGGAAGAUUACUUCCAGUUGGUGCAGCACGAAUACAAGAAGUGGCAAGAAAAUGCUCAGCCCGCUGGGAGGGAACCGGGUCAGAGGAACCAGGUGGAGCUGAACUUGCCCCAGCUGUCGCUGGUGGAGGCAAAAUGCGAGACUCCGAACUGCCCUUUCUACAUGUCCGUGAGCACCCAGCCUUACUGCCAUGAGUGCUUUGAGCAGAAGCAGCAGGGGAGCAAGGCGAGGAGGCAGAACUUCCGGACGGGGUCUGAGAAGCCCCGGACAAGUAAAUCCAGCUCACCUAAGAGCGAACACCGUGAGCCUGCCGCACGGACAUCCGAAGAACUAGUGUCAGGGCCUCGCUCUGCACCCCCCACAGCCCCGAGCCUUUUUCUGUACAGCGAAACCACUGCCAUGAAGUGCAGGACCCCCGGCUGCCCUUUCACCCUGAACGUGCAAUACAACGGGCUCUGCGAACGCUGCUACAACAACACUGCAGAGCUCAGCCCUUGCAACAGCCCAAGCGAGCAGAGGCCGCCGGACCAGGUGACCUGCAUGUUCUGCCUCAAGGGCGCCAAUAGGACCUUUAAUGGCAUGUGCAGCUCUUGCUUCAAAAGGACUAGAGACCAUUUGUCAAGUGCCAGCAACUCAGGUGUCGCACCUUCAGGCCACCAGAGGUCCACAUCGGACCCCACCCAUCUGUCACAGAGCCUCCUUCAGCAGUCCUGCCACAUGGCAAGCGGCAGCAGCGCAGCAGAGUUGCUGCCACCGUGCCCUCCGCCCCAGAGACCAGAAGAGUGGAAGAAAGGAAGCAGGAAGUGCAGGAAACCCGGCUGCAGCUUUUUUGGGACUCCUCAAAACGAAGGCUUUUGCACACUGUGCUAUUUCGAGUACCGGGAAAACAAAGACGCUUCGGUGCUCCAUCAUAGAAGGUCUCAGCGGACUUCUCCUGCCUCAGGGCAUUCGGGAGUCUCAGCUGCCAUGUACCAGAACACCGUUUCCUGCCUGGGUCGAGAGUGUGGCACGAUCGGGAGCACGAUGCUCGAGGGCUACUGCGAGAAAUGCUUUAUAAAAGCACAGAGCAAGCUGCUGCGUGAAGCCAGAAGAACCGAAGACCAGCUAGUGAGACAAUCAGAGCGAACAGGACAACACAGAGAUUUACGCCAGACAUUCCCAAGCUCUCAGAAGCGCAAGUGUGCCACAGCUUCUUGUAGGAACAACUUAGCUUCCAGGAAUGGGGAACUGUGUCCGGAGUGCCUACAUGUUGGUCAGCAGGCCCAGUUGGGGGGACCUCGGGGGGACCCUCCAGCAGCUGAGCUCCCCAAGGAGCGCUGCCGAGCCCCUGCCUGCGACCACUAUGGCAAUAACAAGUGCAACGGCUACUGCAACGAGUGCUACCAGUUCAAGCAGAUCUAUGGAUAGCAAGAGAGAAUAAACGCCGGCUUUUACCUUGUGAAAGGAAAAUGGUGCUAACCUCCAAAACACUCAACCCAGUCUCAUUCACAGUCUGUGGAAAAAGUACACAUGACUUUGAGGGGAAAACAAUAAGCUGAAUUGUACAUGUACACGUACACCUGCUUGUGCGUGUACGUACAAAUGCACAUUGUGGCACAAAGAACAAUAUGCUCUCCAGAAUUCUGUAUCCUGGGACAGAAACACAGUUUGCAGAUGCAGGAUGCUUAUGCCGAAUACUUGACUACAAACUCCUUUCUCAGUACUCUGACUUUGUUCUAUGAUAAUACGCAACCAUAAGAGAUGAAUAAAGACUGUGUUUCUUGCACCCCUCUUUCUGCUGAUACUUCUCUUGCACACUGUCUGAAUAUUAAGCGUUCAAAAUCCAAGGAAACCUGCCUGAGAUGAAGAGUUUCCUGCACUGCAACUACCACACAACCUUGUUGUCCUUGAAAAUGAUGGUCUCUCUACCAAAGAGAGUCUGCCGGAAGCCGUGAAUGAAGCAAAGCUAUUAGCAAGUCAUGGUAGAAGCCUUUAAUACUUGAUUGUUUGGCUUUAAAAAAAAUAUUUUAAAGAAACUGGUUGUGUUCUUUCUCUCUUUGUUCUUAACCAGAGUUUCAUGCAUGUAAAACAGCAGUUGUCCUCAACAACACUGUUUCUCCAUUUCAUAAUCUGUGUUUGCUUGUUUGCUACUAACCCUGCUGUCAUAAUUUAGAACUAUGGAAGGCAGCUGGGUACGCAUCUCUUCCGAAAUGAAACGUUCACCUAAAUACAUACUGUUCAAACAUCCUUGCUGGCAUAGGACAGAGCUUAGGCUGGAAUCAUAAUGAAAGCAUAAUGAAGAUGCCUAAGGGUGCAAUCCUAACCCCACUUACCUGGGAGCAAGUCCCACUGAAUUUCUUCAAACGUGCUUCCAGGUGGACAUGGAUGGGAUUGUUCUGUUAGGCACAUUAAGACCCUGUGCUCCAUGCAAACUGGGGCUGGCAUCUGUCUGUCUUGGGGGACAAUGCAAGAGGACGCCUACAGUGGUGCAGUUAAGCAGUGGAGGAGUUGCAGUGCCUGCUGUGACCAGUCUGCCAAAGAGAACAUAUCAGGGGCCCACUUAGCCGCUUGCUCCACUUGCCUGGUAGUGCAUUUUAGAUCCCAAUGGGAACCAAGAGCCGUCUCAAUCUCUACAGAACCGAGUGGGAAAUGAGGCUUUAAUUGAGCCUCAUUCUCAUGUGGAGCAGGAGCUGGCAGGAGAGCUGGGCUCAGCCAUUCCCUUUUCUCCUUACCUGUUUGCUGCUGCAAAGGACCUGUGAGUGAAUCCCAUCUAAAGGGAAUGGAUGGAGUGCAGUUUGGAAAGUGCUGCUUCUGCAGAAACCCCGUUUAUUUCCAUAGUGUUUGGGAGCAGCUUUUCAGUCGGAGAAUUUCUCCUUGCCAUGAUCACAAAGCCACUAUCAGAUCUGCACGAGUUAGGCACUAAAUACAAUGGCGCCUGAAGCCCCGCAGUCUAGAACGUCCUUUCUUUCCCUACCUGGCCUGAUGAGUCUCUUGCUUCUGCUGUGUUGCUUGAGCUUCUACUUUCGUAUAUAAUCCUUCCAUAGCUCUCUCUUCUCCAGCCCCAUUUCCUGUGAAAAUCCUACGCCCUGUUUUGUAAACUUUGUUAAAUGUGAAGACGUGUUGAAAAUAUUUAUAUUAUGUAUUUCAGAAGUGUAAUUUUUAAAUUUGCACAGUUUUAUUGUUUUUAAGUAUGGUUACUUUUUAUUUCAUUUUACCUCCAAAGCUGCGCAAGUGUAUAACUGUGGGAGAGGGCGGGAGGGGUAGAAUC